AUGGCAGAUCAUACUAUUAAUAUGGUAGUCUAUGAUUGCAAGAAAUGCAAGAAAACCAAGAAAUGCAUCUUCAAAGUUCCUAAGGUGCUGCGGAGACAAAAUUCCGAGGCAUAUACGCCUGAUGUGGUCGCAAUUGGACCUUUUCAUUAUCCCCAAAAGCGAAGCAAGGAAUGUAACAUAUGCGAUGAAUGCAAGAAACACAAGGGGAGAAAAGAAUGCGAAGAAUGCAAGGAAGGGAAGGAAGUCAAGGAAGAAGAAUUGAAACUCAUGGAACGAGUGAAAAAGACGUACUUGGAUGAAAUUCUCAGAGGCAUGAAUGUAAAUUUGGAAGAGCUGAUGGCGAAAGUUAUUGAGCAUUCAGAUCAAAAAAAUGAAGACACUUUUGUGAAAAGCGCCCGUGACUUUUAUGCGGAACCACUUGAUCAUAUUUCCUCCAAAGACUUCAUGGAGAUGAUGAUACGUGACGGCUGCUUCCUGAUUCAACUAUUUCGGAAGUGUAAAUAUGAGGAUCUUAAGCAGGAUGAUGACCCAGUAUUCAACAUGGAUUGCAUGUUGAAUUUCCUAUGCCAUGACCUUUUGCUCCUAGAAAAUCAACUACCUUGGUUUGUUCUGGAGAGUUUAUAUAACCUUAUCCUUGGAAAUUGCCAAGGUCAUCACUCCUCCCUCUCUAUUCUCAUUCUUGAUGCCUUCACCAAAUUACCAUCACUGAAGCGUAGUUGCAAAUCCUAUAAAGACCAUCUUCUCAAAGAUCAACUUCAUAGACACAAUUGUCAUGGUGAUGCUGAUGUUCUGCACAUACUCGAUCUGAUAAGAUCUUCUAUAGUUGUUCCAAUGGAGAUCAAAGACGAGAGAGCAAAUAAAGUUCGUAAACAGGAUUUCUUCGAUCCAGAAGUACAUCAGAUGCAUACUGCGACUGCGCUUUCAAAGGCAGGCAUUAGAUUCAGAAAAGUGGAAAGAGAAAGCAUAAUGGACAUAAGAUUUGAAGAGGGCCGGGUUCUCACCAAUGGAGUUUUCAAUGGACUAAACGUUGGAAUGUUGUCUGAAUCAUUAUUCCGGAACCUUAUUGCUAUUGAACAAUGCUACCCUGGUUAUUCAAAUGAAAUAACAUCUUAUGCCAUCUUAAUGGACAAUCUCAUCUCUUCCAAAGAAGAUAUGGAAUUACUCUGCAAGGCGAAAGUAAUAGGUAACUGGCUGAGUGAUGAAGAUGGUUGCAAGUUCUUCAACAACCUUUACAAGAAUAUCCCGCACAACAAGUUUUACUAUGUUGAUCUCUGCGAGAAAUUGAACAGUGGUUAUAGAAUUAGAGGGUAUACAUGGGUGGCUUCAUUCAAGACUGAAAAGUUCUCUAACCCAUGGACAGUUGCUGCUUUCUUCAUAGGUAUUCUCCUUCUGGCUCUUAGCCUGUGGACCACCACAAAUAACAUUCGGAGCUUCAUGCAGAAAUGA